GAUGAUUUUCUUUCUUGUAAUUCUGUGUAAAAAAAAACAAACUCAUGAAACAUAUCACAUCAAAACAAAAUAGGUCAUUUUUAGUUUACAGGACGGAAAGAAUUUGGUUGCACAUCGAAAGAAUGUAUUGAGUUAGCGUCAAGAUACAUCAAAAUACCUAAAAUGCCGAGGAAAUCAUAAUCUAACAUAAAUGACAACAAAUAGUAUAUAAUAAUUGAUACAGGUGUUAGAACAUUCUUUUCAUCAACUUGUUUCAAAGGAAAAUAUAAAUGAAAUGGAAGAUAUGAAAAUUCCAUCACAAAUGGACCCUAAGACUUACAAUUCAUUUUCAUCUUUGUGGUAUGCCAGCUUGAUAAUGAAAAAUGUAAACAUUAUGUGACCCUUUGAUACUCGCCAUUCCUUGAGUGAUUGUGGUUGGCAUGAAACAAAAAAGAAAUGAAACCGCAUCAUUCCUCGCUGUAAGGAGAGACUCUCACUUGGGCUCACAAAAACAUAACUGAAAUAUUUGAAUUUGUGGCUUGUCUGACUGUAUGGCAAUCUAAGAUGGCAUCUAUUUUUUCUUCUAAUGUGUUGAUUGCCUAUUAACUUAAAAGUAUAUUACAAGAUGGUUCCACUCAAUUAUUGAAAGCAUCCUUGAAAUAGAAUGAAUGGAAAAGGAAACUUAUAGUAUGGCUCACGUGAAUCAAAUACCAUUUUUAUAAAGAAAAAUGUCAAAGCUUAUACAAGGUUAUUGUGGUACAUGAUGGAAAUCUAAGAUCAAAUCUAAGACAAGUGAAGUGACUAUUACAUAUUCUUUCAAUGGUAGAUGGAAAAUAAAGUGUAAAGAUGGGUGGUAAUUUACAAUUUAUAGCCAUUUAUAGCCAUCAUUUCAGAACUUUUCUUUACUUAUAAUGAGCAAGUGCUUACAAAAAAAAAGAUAGAUUGAUUCCUCUAAAUCUAAAGACAGUGCUGAGUAAAGACAAGCUCAAAGCUGACCAACUUCCACUUCUUGAAAGGAAUUGUAGAAAUGAACAGAAUUUCCUUUGUUUGAUUUUGUAUCACAUUCAUUCCUGCAACUGCUUUCAAGAAGUGCAAUUUGAAAACGCCUUUUGCAUUUCUCUACUUUCCAUACUAUUUUCAAUGUUUUAAAUUAACUUGUUGGAGGUAUAUGAGAUAAUUUCACCUUUAAAGCAAUAUUAAAGGUGUUUUUUUCUCUUACAAGAGUUUAAAAAUAUAAUUAGAAAGAUAAACACAAUAUGUGCAUCGGUUCAGAUAUAUUGAUAUAUUCUUGAUUGACACACUAAUAUGAAUCGCUGUUGUGGUAGGAAGAAAAUAAGCGGAAGAAUAAGAGGAGCUUGUAGAAUCUCUAGAGUGGUAGUAAGAUGACCUCAUCAUCCAAUCACAGAACUGCAAGACCUCAAGCAGAGAACUAAUAUUUCUUGACGUCUCCUCAGCCACACAUCAAACCUCAAGAACGUGUGUUUUGGUUACUAUCUUGAAAAAAAAGUCACAAAUAUCAUUUUUUCAUAUCUCACACUGUUUGUUUGUUUAUUUGGAAUUCAUAUCGCCGGAAGGCGGGGACUGGGAGCUAUUUUUAAGACAAAGGACAUACUUGAGUGGUAACUCAUUAAAUAGGGUUUCAUUAGCAAGAUGUGGAUCAGUAACUGCAUAUCGUGAUGUAAUCAAAACGUAGACAGUGAGAGCUGUAUAAAUCAUCACUCAUUCUCAAGAUUGAUGUCAUUUGAUAGUUAGCUUCAGGAACACUUUGACAAUUAUAUAUUCAUCAUCCUCACUCCUCCAUCAAGUUGAACAUCUUAAGGAUUCAGGAAAAUCUGCUAUCCUUUUAUUUCACAGGAAUAUCUAGAUAGACUACUUAAUAGAUUGAUUAUCAUUAUACUGAAGGAAAAAAAUCUGUUUCAAAGAAGAUCAAGAGAAAACCAAAAAUUAGCAAGCACUCAUGGCUUUUGUUGAGGUCAUACUGACAGCAUUAAUGCUGGUCUUGAUGACAACAUCAUCAUCUUCAUCAUCAAUUUGUUCAUCAUGCCCAGCUAAGCAUCUUCAGCAGCAAUUUUGUGAUGCAGAAAUCGUAUUACGAGGACGAGUUAAAGAUGAUAUGACUGUGAAAGUGGUGAGUUUCUUCAAGUCACCAAGUUCUUUCAAUGCUAUGAAGCGAAGGGGUAUAACUGUUACCUUUGACAGACCAAGCUGUAGAGAGUCUCAUCUUAAACCAGGGGCAACUUAUCUUAUCAUGGGAAGUUCACAUGGUAAUGUUCUACAUAUUGGAUCAUGUGAUGCAGUCAUACUAUGGUCUAAUCUUAAAUCUGUACAGAGACAAGGAGUAGAAAGUGUUUAUGGACUUUUCUGUGAUGAAUGCAGGGUGAAUGAGACCCACUCGGUAAUCAGGCCCCACAUUGACCCCUUCCUUGAAGAGAAUGAGAUCCAGAGUGGUGCCGAUACCCUUUGGAGGACAGACGAUUGUUUCUAUAACCCACUAGCAUCUCGUCAGUACAUGGUAGAUGACUGUGAGACAAUGUACAGUGUUUGUGUACCUAACAUGGAUGGUACAGGGCGCUGCUCAUGGCUACAGUCUGAGAAGUAUAUCUACUGCUCUAAGAGGCGUAAGAAUAGUGCCUGUCUUCAGAUGGGAGGGGCAUAUGCUUUUCUACCAGGAUGGACCUGUCCUGAGAAUUGUGAUGACAUCCAGGAAGACUGUCUACGUGAGAUGUGUUUGCAAGCUACAGCGGGUAUCAAAUGUCCAACAAGUAUACAGCAAAGACCUAUCCCAAAUGUUCUUGAAAAUAAUUUUUAACUGUGAUUAAUGUUCCAUUACCUUGAAUUUUGUUUAGUGUAAUAUUUACGAGUAAGAAUUGGUGCAAUAUAAUUUGUGUUUUCUUUCAGAAUGAGAGAGCUUAUUGGUUGCAAUAUCAAGAAAAGAAUAAUAUAAUUUGGGUGUUAAAAGCAUUAACUCAUUGAGUGCUUCAUGCACGCUACGUAUCCUACUAUAACAUGCCACACUCGUGCUCGCACGCCUA